AAAGAGGCGUCGUUAGGAGUGGAGAUGCCCCUUUCCGUUUUCCAAACUCUUUACAUACCCAAGGUUACUGCCGGGGGGGAUAAGACCCGGGGCUGGUACUACCUGACGUCGUGGGGUUCCCACACUCCAUUUGUGAUCGAUCUGCCGAGCUCCAUCAAGGAAUGGAAGAGCUCUUGGUGCUGGGCAGCGGGGCGAUGGGACACAAUGGAGGGGGACCCCCUGGCGCCUCUUACAGUCCCGGCGAAGUUUUCAACACUUAGUUCCCUCCCUCGGUGCGAGCUGUCGACAGAGGACUUCGACAUUAUUUGCGUUAUUUAUCAACUGCCUCAGAAGAAGAGGUCAUAUCACAGGCUCAUUCGGAAAAACAUACACUUCGUCACUCACGACUUAAUGGCGUCCCAAGGUAAUAGGACCGAAGCCCACACUCUUUUAACCUGAACUCCCUAUACUUGUAUUAAUUCCUCACUCGUUUCUUUGCAGAUAAUUUCAACAAGAAGCUGCCAGUACGCCCUGACUUCAAAACUAUUCAGAAAAUGAUGGCUGAAGUAAGGGCACUGAAGGCCUCCUCCUCUUCAUAUAAGAAGCAAAUGGAGGAGCUGGUGGAGGCCAGUAAGAGACUU